AUGGCCGGCGUGAGCAGAUAUAGUUCAUAUAAUUGUCUGACUGGAUGGGACAGCUAUGAUAAAAUACCAAGAGUGCGUGUCGAGUACUAUGUCAACGAGAAUACGUUCAAGGAGCGCUUACAACUCUACUUCAUCAAGAAUCAACGAUCUAGUCUUCGCAUAAGAAUUGCGAAUUUGGUGUUCAAACUGCUGGCAUGCCUUUUGUACAUCAUACGCGUUUGUGCGGACGGCGACCCGAUCACCGCAUCCUGUUACGGCUGCAAGCCUGGCAAUAAGACCGAGUUUGAAUACUCUGCCAACUUGACCGAGGAAGAGUUCCAGGAGCACCCUAUCAUCAACUGGGACGGCAUUAUCUGGGUGAACCGCUCGCUCUGUCUCUGGAUCGUCCAGGUUAUCCUGGCUAUGAUAUCCUUUUCGGAGGCUAUUCUUCUCGUCUAUUUGGGCUACAAGGGCAACAUCUGGCAGCAAAUCCUGUCGUUCCACUUCAUACUGGAAAUGGUGAAUACGAUCCCCUUCGCGCUCACUUUGCUGUUCCCGCCGCUACGUAACCUCUUCAUCCCGGUAUUCCUGAACUGCUGGCUCGCCAAGAGAUCUCUAGAGAAUAUGUUUAACGACCUUCACCGCGCAAUGCAGAAAUCUCAGUCGGCGCUUUCCCAGCAGCUGAUGAUAUUGUGCGUGACGCUGCUUUGCCUCGUCUUUACCAGUGUUUGCGGCAUCCAGCACUUCCAAAGAGCGGGCCAUCGCCAUCUCAACCUGUUCCAAGCCACGUACUUCGUGGUGGUGACCUUUUCAACCGUUGGUUAUGGUGAUUUCGUGCCUGACAUUUGGCCAUCGCAGCUGUAUAUGGUCAUCAUGAUAGGUGUAGCACUUGUCGUCUUGCCUACACAGUUCGAGCAACUGGCGUUCACGUGGAUGGAGCGACAGAAACUUGGGGGUUCGUAUUCUUCGCACCGCGCGCAAUCUGAGAAGCACGUGGUCGUCUGUUCCACCACUCUGCAUGCGGACACCAUCAUGGACUUCCUCAACGAGUUCUACGCCCACCCUCUGCUACAGGACUACUAUGUUGUUCUGCUCUCGCCCAUGGAACUAGACACCACCAUGCGCAUGAUUCUACAAGUGCCGAUCUGGGCUCAGCGUGUGAUCUAUAUCCAGGGCUCGUGCCUGAAAGACACCGAUCUGAUCCGUGCACGCAUGAACGAGGCUGAGGCUUGCUUCGUGCUCGCGGCACGCAACUACGCCGACAAGACCGCGGCUGACGAACAUACCAUACUCAGAUCGUGGGCGGUGAAAGACUUUGCACCGGACGUGCCUCAAUACGUUCAGAUCUUUCGUCCGGAGAACAAACUGCACGUGAAGUUCGCGGAGUUCGUUGUGUGCGAGGACGAGUUCAAGUACGCACUGCUCGCCAACAACUGCACCUGCCCCGGCGCCUCCACGCUCGUCACGCUCCUGCUGCACACCAGCCGUGGACAGGAAGGACAACAAUCUCCCGAGGAAUGGCACCGCUUGUACGGAAAGUGCUCUGGCAACGAAAUAUACCACAUUGUGCUCGGCGACAGCCGUUUCUUCGGCGAGUACGAGGGCAAGAGCUUUACUUACGCCAGUUUCCAUUCCCAUAGGAAGUACGGCGUCGCCUUGGUCGGAGUGCGUCCGGCGGAGUUGCCGGAGUUCUACGAGGACACCAUCCUGCUGAACCCGGGGCCGCGGCAUAUCAUGAAGAGCAGCGAUACCUGCUACUACAUGAGCAUCACCAAGGAGGAGAACUCCGCGUUUGUUGUGUCUGAGAAGCGAGAGUCCAAGGCCAUAAUGGCCAAAGACCAGAGCGCGGUGUGUAACGAGAGAAAAGCAGGCAGCGGUAGCGGGGCCGGAGGCGGCAGCGGCGGCGGAAGGCCGGGACGAGACGGUAGUAGCGCUGCACCGUAUGAGCUGCCCCAAGUGGUGCUCGAGGGCCCCGCAAGCUCCACGCCAGUACCAUCGCCAUCCCGCAUCAACCCAGCUCACACUGUUUCAUCCGCUAAUUUUGCCGCUAGCUACAAGUACGGCGAGGGAUCAUCGACAGGGGAGUCCCGCAACCACCUCAAGGAGUCCCCCGCGACGGACAGCGCGAGCGACAGCCACCUCCUGCUGCCGCACACCCCGCGACCCGACACCAACUUCCUCAGCCCGGACUCGCUCAACUACCGCAGAGAUAUGGAUGCGGGCAGUCGCCGGCCUUCAAUCCUGCCGGUACCUGACAUGGUGACGUCCAGCUUGCAAAUCGCGUCCGACAACCAGGAAGAGGAGGUGGAGGUGGACGAAAGCGAAGACGAGCUCGACGACGACGUGCCCUGGCGCUCGCCCUCCGAGAAGAUCGCAAUAGUAAAAGGCUUUCCGCCGGUAUCGCCGUUCAUCGGGGUGAGUCCGACCCUGUGCUACUUGCUGAAGGAGAAGAAGCCACUCUGCUGCCUGCAGCUGGCGCAGGUCUGCGAGCACUGCGCCUACCGCAACGCCAAGGAGUACCAGUGGCAGAACAAGACGAUCAUCCUCGCCGCGGACUACGCCUCCAAUGGCAUAUACAACUUCAUUAUACCCCUCAGAGCACAUUUCAGGUCCAAAACCUCACUCAAUCCGAUCAUACUGCUGCUCGAGCGUCGUCCGGACAUUGCCUUUUUGGAUGCCAUAUCGUACUUCCCUCUCGUCUACUGGAUGCUCGGCACUAUUGAUUGUUUGGACGACUUGCUCCGCGCGGGGAUAACUCUCGCCGAAAACGUUGUGGUGGUCAACAAGGAGCUCUCCAAUUCCGCUGAAGAAGACAGCCUCGCCGACUGCAACACCAUUGUCGCCGUGCAAACUAUGUUCAAAUUCUUCCCAUCUAUAAAAUCAAUAACGGAACUUUCUCAAUCUUCAAACAUGCGCUUCAUGCAAUUCCGUGCUCAUGACAAAUAUGCUCUGCACCUCUCUAAAAUGGAAAAGCGUGAGAAAGAGCGCGGAUCUCACAUCUCGUACAUGUUCCGCUUGCCCUUCGCUGCGGGCUCGGUCUUCUCCGCCUCAAUGCUGGACACCCUGCUCUACCAGGCCUUCGUUAAAGAUUACGUCAUUACGUUCGUGCGCCUGCUUUUGGGAGUCGAUCAGGCGCCGGGCUCCGGGUUCCUCGCCUCGAUGAAAAUAACAAAAGAAGACAUGUGGAUACGUACAUACGGCAGACUUUACCAAAAGUUGUGUUCGACCACUUGCGAAAUCCCCAUUGGGAUCUAUCGUACCCAGGAUACGAGCCUGGCCGAGCCCGGGAACCACGUGAGUAUGUCGUCAGGAGCCAAGGCAAAGUGGUUUUGGCCACGCUUCGCGAGAAUGCGACCAUCGCGCGCAUCGGUGAGUUGGACGACUCCUUAAGACGUAAUCCAAUAUGUUCCUCAAAUACAGUCCUUCGCCUUCAUUUGCUAUAUGAUUCUUCGUAACUCAACAAUAACACACACACAUUUUAUUCCAAAUUACAACAACAUUAUUCCAAAUUGUUUAGUCCCAACGCAUUGAGCGCUCCCGACCAUUGGACUGUAUUUCGGGUCGAUAUUUUAUUAUUACCUACUUUUUGUAUUCUCGUUUCGCGUAAGACUCGCACCACAUUUUUAUUGUUGUCAAUCUGUCUACAUGUACUUACUUGUCGAGCCUUCACACCUGUGGUGUGUCUGUAAUUAGUUCUGCCAUUUGUUCGACAUCUAUUUCUCUUCCUACACUUCACUUGGUUUGUUAUGUAAGGUACACUCGAGCUUUAUAAUUAUUAUUUCGUCGCAAGCUGCUGUUGCAAAACUAUACUCUGUUCCUUGCUUUUGCGUGGAAGAUAAAAUGUUUCACGUUUCAACUCGUCUUUAAAAUCUUCUAUUGAAAAAGAACAGCGCCUUUUACUGUCCCUAAUAUAAACGAUUUCAAUAAAUCUGUCUGUCUAUCUGUCGCAAGUAUGUCGAUGAUCGCAGUCCCGCCUAUGUUGUCGAGUAGUGCCAGUGAUGCAUGUUGUGUUCUAGCAGCUUACCACCGCGCCUUACGAUAAGCUAUUAAUUAUACAUAAACAAGAAAACCAAAGUCAUCGUGUUUUGUGAUACGGCCUACAGUUACUAGCCCACUUUUUGCUGACAGUAAUGACCGGUAAUAUUUAGCUGAUAGUAUGCGAUAGUUAGCGGUGAUCUACUGUCAUCACAAACACUGAUGUCGUAACAAAUGCUAAUGCUUGUUUAUACAAUUUUUAGUUUAUCGUAAGAGGAUCUGUAGAUGUCAAUCAAAGCAGCUUAUAAAUCAGAAUCACGCACUCCAAGUCCGCCAUUCAACGAAAUA